AUGCGCAUUCUCGUCGGUCUCAUCAUCGCUAUCGCUGUUAACGCCAUCCUCAACUCUAAACCGUCUGGCAACUAUUGCGGUUAUCCUGUUAUCACCCCAAGGGGUAAAGGGUUCAUCACGAUCAACAUAGCAGACAGUCACGAAUUCAACAUUUAUGCCGAGUGGACUCCCUUUUUUGGUUGUGAGAGGGCUGGCAUCGAGUAUUACGUGCCCUAUUCGUACGAUGACUCGACACAGGAUGUGACCGUCACGGAUACGAGCAAGCUGCAGGAUCUGAUCACCAAAAUAGAUGCUCCCAUGAGACCCUCUGAUCUCGCUCAUCUACAUUAUGAUGGCAAUGCUCUGCACGUCGUGGCUUUCAAAUACCUCUAUUUGAAACCAUGCUAG